GCCACGACGCUCUGCGCAUGUGCGCUCUUCGCAAGUUGAAAAUAGCGCGGGGCGCCCUUCAGCAAGUUCCGCCUUCCAGCCUUCAGCACAUGCGCAGUCUCAGUUCCGGUGCGCAGGGGUCGCUUUUGUGGGACGCUGCGGCGUGCCGGGACAGCCGGGAAGAUGGCGGUUGCGCGCAUGGCCACUGUGGCGGCCUGGGUACCUUGUCGGAGCUGGGGCUGGGCAGCUGUCCUCUUCGGUCCCCACUGUGGCUUCAACACGCUGCUUGCCUCGUUGCCUCAGCGGGCGCCACGGUGGCUCCCAGCUUGCAGACACAAGACGUCACUCUCUUUCCUUAAUCGACCAGACCUUCCAAAACUGGCUUAUAAGAGGCUAAAAGGCAAAAGUCCAGGAAUUAUCUUCAUCCCUGGCUAUAUUUCUAAUAUGAAUGGUACAAAAGCAUUGGCGAUUGAGGAGUUUUGCAAAUCUCUAGGUCACGCCUACAUAAGGUUUGAUUACUCAGGAGUUGGAAGUUCAGAUGGUAACCUUGAGGAAAGCACGUUGGGGAAAUGGAGAAAAGAUGUUCUUUCUAUAAUUGAUGACUUAGCUGAAGGGCCACAGAUUCUUGUUGGAUCUAGCCUCGGGGGGUGGCUUAUGCUUCAUGCUGCAAUUGCACGACCAGAAAAGGUCAUGGCUCUUAUUGGUGUAGCUACAGCUGCAGAUGGCUUGGUGACACAGUUUAAUCAGCUUCCUGUUGAGGUAAAAAAGGAAGUCGAGAUGAAAGGUGUGUGGAGCAUGCCAUCAAAAUACCAUGAAGAAGGAGUUUAUCACAUUCAGUACAGUUUCAUUAAAGAAGCCGAACACCACUGCUUGUUACAUAGCCCAAUUCCUGUGAACUGCCCUAUAAGACUGCUCCAUGGCAUGAAGGAUGAUAUUGUACCUUGGCAUACAUCAAUGCAGGUUGCCGACCGAGUACUCAGCACAGAUGUGGAUGUCAUCCUCCGAAAACAUAGUGAUCACCGAAUGAAGGAAAAAGCAGACAUUCAGCUUCUUGUUUACACCAUUGAUGAUUUAAUUGAUAAGCUUUCAACUAUAGUUAACUAGUAUCACGUGUUUAGUUGGUAUGUAAUGUAUCCGGAAGAUUGGAAGAGGAAUAACAAAUGAAAGAUCCUGAUAGUUUAGGUUUUUCUCUUACCUCUAUUUUGUAAAUAUCAGAUGAGUAUUUAUUUAAUGAUGUAUUUGCACAAGUAAUGCAAAUUGUGAAGAAGGAACAGGUACUGUUUAGAAAAAUUUCUCCUUCCUUUUGUUCUUGAUUUUUUUUUCAUUGAAGUAUUUCCUAUUUUUUUAUUCAAGAAAAGUUUACCUUUCUUAGGUUUAUGUUAGCUAUGUCAGCUCUUAAUUGCAUCCUUUUCUAAUUAGAAUUAUUAAUAAAGCAUGAAUUUUUUUUAUUAUAGAUGGAAAUUUGUAACAUUCUGAUUUUAAAAUGCAGUUCACAAAAUACAGGGAAAUUUUUAUUGAAGUAAAUUUGAAAUGAUUGGAGAAAUUUCAGAAGUAUGACAAAGUUCACAAUAAGGAUGCUACUUAAUAUAUAAUAUAUAAAGUAUUAUAUAUGUACGUUAUAUAAGCUGCACAUUAUAUUGAAACUUUAAGGCUUUUUUUAAAGACUCAAAAGCUAGUGACACAAGGAGCUAUUUCUAAAUGUUGGCUUAUGUGUCAUAUAUUUAAAUGGGGAAUUUCAUCUGAAACAAUGUAGCAUUUUAAUAUUCUGAUUGGUAAAACUAAAGAGGAAAUUGAUCUUUGUAUAUUAUUGCUUCCUUGCAGAAACAUUCAUUAUUUCAUUAAUACUGCCCUAAGUACAACUAGGCAAGUGAUUGCCACCUAAAUCAGAAGGCUUUCUAAAGUCAGUAAGAAAGUGUGAAAUGUAAGUAUAAAGGCUUUUUUUUUUUUCCUAAAUAACUAAAAUGAGGUGCAGAGUGAAUUUUGAUAUUACUGAGUUAAUGUUUUUUUGUCCAUUAAUUUUGGCUGGACUUUGUUUAGCUUCAUUAGGUUAUUAUCUGUCAAACCUUUUAUUAAGUUGACAUGACUCACAUAUAUACAUGUACAUAAAAUGAGCAUGUAUCAAAGACUUACUCAACUCAUUAAUCAGGGACCCAGCAGAUAGUAAAGCUGGUUCCAAGUACAAUUCAAGAAACUGAGAAUUGGCAUUGAAGAAAAAUGUUGAGAUAAAAUUGCUGUGCAGAAAAAAAGUGUUAAUGAAGCAGACCUGAUUACUUAUCCUUAGAGACCGGAUUUGCAAGGUUGGCCCUUGAUUGGCUUCUGGGAAUCUGGAGUUCAGGGGGCUUCCACCAUUCCCAGAACUGAUCAAAGUACCUUACUGUAUCUAAACUGUAGAACAAUAUAGUUUCUGCUGAACACCUGCUUUCCUUUUGGGAGUCUGGAAGUUUGGUAUGUGCCAGGCAGAGACUGCCCUUUGUGACUAGCUCCCAGUAAAAACCCCUGGCACUCCAUCUCUAGUAAGCUUUUCUGGUUGACAACCUUUCACAAAUGCUGUUACAACUGGUUGCUGGGAGAAUUAAACUCAUCCUCUGUGAUUCCACUGGCAGAGGAUUCUUGGAAGCCUGCACUUAGUUUCCCCUGACUUCACCCCAUGUGUCUUUUUUCCUUGGCUGAUUUUGUUUUGUAUCUUUUCACUGUAAUAAAUCAUGGCAAUGAGCAGAACUGUA